AUGGCCCAUGUCAUCUUGACCGGUCGCACGGGCACCGCUGGAUCCGCUGUCUUCGCCCGCUGCAUCGCUUCCUCCAGCCUCACUCGCAUUCCCGUGCUUCCAAAACGGCCCGUCAAGGAAGCCCAGAGCGUUGGAAAGGUCGAUGCGGUAUACGCAAGGACUGCUCGAGCAGUUGAAGGGAGCCAGUGGGAUGUGGGUGGGCUUCAGGGCAUCUCAGCUGGAGUUCCUACCCUCGACUACCCUCUCGCAGCCGCCAAAGCGUUCGCUACGCUGAGUCCGCUCUACAACAUUGUCUACGACUGGGGAGAAAGAGCUACGCGCGACCCAGGUCGAUUUACCGCCCUUUUCGCCAGCACGAAUGGCGCUGUCCUCCCUUCCGUCCGCCCCGCCUUUAUCGACGACACGCAGGAUGCCGAGCUCAAACAAGGGAAAAGGCCUUCCUCGUAUGCUUUGAUGGACGAGAUGGCGCUGGUGUUAAGGCCAGAUUGGCCGAGUGGAGUCAGCCCGUCAGGGAAAUUGGCAGGAGCUCAAGUCAGAUGUGUGGAAGAACAGGGAGCUGGAGAGGAGCUGGGGAGGGCAUAUCAAGGCAAGGGCGUCAGAUUUAAUGGAGAGACAGAAGGUGUGGGAAGCCUGAUUGAGAAUAUAGGAUGGAGAAGGUUGGCAGGACUGUAG